GGUGGAGGGAAACCCAGGAGGCCCCCGGGAGGAGGCGCAGCCAGCAGCUGGGCGCGCGCAACCGAGCGCACUCGCCUCCCCUCGGCUCGGGGCAGAGGGUGGGGAGGGGGCUGAAGAGACCAUCGGGUUCUCCGAAGUUUCGGGAGAUUCCUUCAGCCCGGAGACCCGCCUCCCGGUGGCGUGCUCCCCAAGCGAGGGCCUUCUGCGCCGCCCCCCACCCCUCCCGGCACUACACGGUCGAAGGAUCGCGCGCGGGGCUCCCUCCCCAGCUCAGUCUCCUCCCCACGCGCCCCCUCUCCGCGGCGCCGGCCAGCGCGGGCUGCGUCCCCGGCACUGCCCCCCGCCCGCGCCCGAGCCCGAGCCCGAGCUCGAGCUGCCGCGCCGCCGCAGGCUGCGGGAGCUGCGCCGCCGGUGCUCACGCCUCGCCCGUGCUCCCGGCGCGCCCCGGCCCCGCUCGGCCCCGGCUCCCCGCUCCCCGUUCCCCGCGCGCGGACCAUGGAGUGAGGGGGCGGACGGCCCCGCUACGAGCUCCCGCAGCCGGCGAGGCCGGAGCCAGACCGGGUGGCCUCACCAGCCGGCGGAGUUGGCCAGCCGCGGGCCCUCCUCCCGCCGGUCCUUCCCCGCUCCUCCUCCUCGGCCGCCGCCGCCCCCGCCUCCCGGCCGCCCCCGCCGCCCCCGCCGCGCCGCCGCCCGAGGCCAAGCGCGGACGCCGAGCGUGGGAGCCAUGGCGCGCGAGGAGGAGAGGGACCCCGAGCGCCGGGAGGCGGCGGCGCGGGCUAGCGGCGAGGAGGAGGAGGAGGAGGGCGAAGAGGGACUGAGCGACAGCGACGACGAGGACGCAGACGACGAGCCCGGCAGCGGCGGGGAAGAGGAAGAGAAGGCGGCGGCCGAGCGGGAGCGCAGCGAGGACGCGCGGCUGCAGCGCGCAGGGUUGCCUCCUGCCGCCGUCCCCGCCGCGGCCGCCCGCGAGAGGAGCGGCCGGCGCCCGCCGGGGCCCCCGCCGGGGCCGCUGCCCUGCUGCCCGAGUAUGCCGUCGCCCGACGACGAGGACCGCGAGCGUCGCCGGAGCCGCCGGAGGGACCUUCUGCUGAGCCAGCUCUGCUUCCUGGCCUUGGUGGCGCUGCUGCUCUGGUCGCUGUCGAGCAUGCAAGAGCAUAAUGACCUCGACUUCAUGGACCUCCUAGGGGAAGACCGACAGUGGACCGUGGGGAGGAAGUUAAUGCAGGUGAAUGACACUCUGACUUCAGAAGAUGCAGGAUUCCGGAGCAGCAAGAACUGCACUGAACCAGCCCUGCACGAAUUCCCCAAUGACAUCUUCACCAAUGAGGAUCGAAGACAGGGGGCGGUCGUUCUCCACGUGCUCUGCGCCAUGUACAUGUUCUACGCACUGGCCAUUGUGUGUGACGACUUCUUUGUCCCCUCCUUGGAAAAGAUUUGUGAGCGCCUGCACCUCAGUGAAGAUGUGGCUGGGGCCACGUUCAUGGCAGCAGGCAGUUCGGCCCCAGAGCUGUUCACAUCCGUCAUAGGGGUCUUCAUCACCAAGGGCGACGUGGGAGUCGGGACCAUCGUGGGCUCUGCGGUAUUUAAUAUCCUGUGCAUCAUCGGUGUCUGCGGGCUCUUUGCUGGGCAGGUUGUGGCUCUUUCCUCCUGGUGCCUGCUGAGGGAUUCAAUUUACUACACGCUGUCUGUGGUGGCGCUCAUCGUGUUCAUUUAUGAUGAACAAGUUUCCUGGUGGGAGUCUUUAGUCCUCGUGCUGAUGUAUCUCAUCUAUAUCGUCAUCAUGAAAUAUAAUGCUUGCAUCCAUCAGUGCUUCGAAAGGAGGACGAAAGGUGCUGGAAACAUGGUCAAUGGCUUGGCCAACAAUGCUGAAAUUGACGACAGCAGCAACUGCGACGCGACUGUGGUGCUACUGAAGAAAGCCAAUUUCCACCGCAAAGCGUCAGUGAUUAUGGUAGAUGAGCUGCUGUCAGCUUACCCUCACCAGCUUUCUUUCUCUGAGGCUGGACUUCGAAUCAUGAUCACCAGCCAUUUCCCCCCCAAGACCCGACUCUCCAUGGCCAGUCGCAUGUUGAUCAAUGAGAGACAAAGACUGAUAAACAGUAGGGCCUAUGCCAAUGGAGAAUCAGAAGUGGCCAUCAAAAUCCCAAUUAAGCACACCGUGGAGAACGGGACAGGGCCCAGCAGUGCCCCAGACAGAGGCGUGAAUGGGACUCGGAGGGAUGAUAUUGUUGCAGAGGCUGGUAAUGAGACAGAGAAUGAGAAUGAAGACAAUGAGAACAACGAGAAUGACGAAGAGGAAGAGGAGGAUGAGGAUGAUGAUGAAGGACCAUACACGCCAUUCGACCUCCCCUCUGGAAAACUGGAAACAGUGAAGUGGGCGUUCACCUGGCCACUGAGUUUUGUCUUAUACUUCACUGUACCCAACUGCAACAAGCCGCGCUGGGAAAAAUGGUUUAUGGUGACAUUUGCUUCUUCCACGUUGUGGAUAGCAGCCUUCUCCUACAUGAUGGUGUGGAUGGUGACGAUCAUUGGAUACACGCUAGGAAUUCCUGAUGUCAUCAUGGGGAUCACUUUCCUGGCAGCUGGAACCAGUGUGCCCGAUUGCAUGGCUAGCCUCAUUGUGGCCAGACAAGGCAUGGGAGACAUGGCAGUAUCCAACUCUAUCGGGAGCAACGUGUUUGAUAUCCUCAUUGGCCUUGGUCUCCCAUGGGCCCUGCAGACCCUGGCUGUGGAUUAUGGAUCCUACAUACGGCUGAACAGCAGAGGACUGAUCUACUCCGUGGGCUUACUCCUGGCCUCCGUCUUUGUCACGGUGUUUGGCGUUCACCUGAACAAGUGGCAGCUGGACAAGAAGCUCGGGUGCGGGUGCCUUUUCCUGUACGGCGUAUUCCUGUGCUUCUCCAUCAUGACGGAGUUCAACGUGUUCACGUUUGUGAACUUGCCCAUGUGCGGCGACCACUGACCCGCCCGGCCGCCCACCGAGCCUUGGGCCUCCUUUUCUGUGCAAUACAAGAUCCAGCCGCACCCCGGGUCACGCGGGCCGCCCCCGUCCCCGGGGCCGGGGCCUCUGGCUCUCCCGCGCUGGUCACAGGCCUCCGCUCCUGCCUCGGUGGCCCAGGCUGUCCCCGCCCCUCCCUGCCCCCACCCUCCUCCCCGGGUUCCUCCGGCCCACCCCUUCCCGUCUCCUCCCGUGUGAAGACUCUGACAUCCGCGUGAAUUUUCAAGCUCCAUUUUUGAACAGUGACUGAGAUUCUAGGGGAAAAACAAACAAAACAAAACAGAACAAAACAAAACUGGCUGCUAACUGGCCCAAGCCAGGCAAAACUUACUACAAUCCCUCCUCCUUUUUUAAGUUAUUGGAUGGAAGACAAAC